AUGACCAACUAUCUUCGAAAUGAAAUGGCCAACGUCUUACUGAAGAAGUCCAUCCAAAGAGUCUCCUUUUUGUCUCAAUCUGUUAUUGAUUCAGAACAUUUCUACGACCCUAUCGAUCUAUUGGCUGAUGCUGUCCGUAUCUACGCAUCAACACCCUUUAAUGGCGCUCAUGCCCUAACGGUCCAAAUUACAGCUUUACCAUUUUGCAUCCCAAGCUAUCGUGACCAGAUUUUUUAUUGCGUCGAUGCAUCCUACGCCAAAUGCUGCCACGAAAUAGAGAAGGAGGACUUUGUGCUGUUUCUACAUCUGAUUACCGAAGAUGGUUUCCAGAACCUCACAGAGCAGCAUCCAGUUCGCAACCAGGACGACGGCAGUAUAGAUCAGUAUGCUAUUUGCUUCCAGGAUGAGACCAAGUCGAAGCUCAGCUUACACCAAGACUUCAUCUCCAGUGCCACCUCACCACCAUGUCCAUGUUCAACCUCUACGCAAAUCCAGAACGAGUAUGCAGCGGUAACCAUGAGCUACUCUGGUGGAACUCCAAAAGUCCAGCUCAAGAACGAAAAUGCGAUCCUGGAAUUAGCCGACGAGUUUCUCCGAAACCUUUCAAGCACGAGUGUAGCCAGCGCUGCAACAGACUCGACAGUCAAUGGCUCAGUUAAAACAUUCCUGUUUCACACGAUCAAUGAAAAGAUGAGAGAAGCGGGGUUUUCAGGAAGCUCGAGGAAUUUGAAAGCCUUGCGCGAUGAGACAAUAUUCAUCAACCAGCUUGUUGCUUCUGUAGAAAGCAUGCAUGGGAUUGGAAUCGCAUCAUUGGUUUUGUAUCACAUCUUCGAAUCAUCAAACUACCACCGAAUUCGACUCAUGAAUCGGUAUGCUGAGACAAAGAAGAGGCUUGCCAUCUGGCAAAUUUGCGGAAAUCUCAACUUGGAUGUUCAACUUAAAACGGAAUUGCCCGAGUUGCGGAUACAAACGCUGAUACUGGAAUAUAUGCCAGAUCUAUGGUGA